AUGAAGCACAUAAAUGAAAGUUCUCCAGAGGACUUCAUUCUCCUGGGCUUUACCAAAUACCCAUGGUUGGAUCUCCCUCUUUUCUUUGUCCUAAUGACUUCCUACAUUCUCACAUUGUUGGGAAACAGUGCUAUUAUAUUGGUCUCUCAACUAGACUCCCAACUACAAAGUCCCAUGUAUUUCUUUCUCACCAAUCUCUCCUUUUUGGAUCUUUGUUUCACUACAACAACUGUACCGCAGAUGUUAUUCAACUUAGGGUCUCCUAACAAAAACAUCACUUAUGUAGGCUGCAUGACUCAAGCUUAUAUAUUUCACUGGUUAGGCUGUACUGAAUGUAUCCUGCUUGGCAUCAUGGCCUUAGACCGUUAUGUGGCUGUGUGUCAGCCUCUGAGAUACUCCAUAAUCAUGGAUCAUAAGGUCUGCCUGCACAUGUCCAGCACUGCUUGGCUCUUUGGUCUGGCCAAUUCACUGCUGCAGUCCACACUCACAGUCCAGCUCCCCCUGUGUGGGAAUCAGGUACUGGACCACUUUUUCUGCGAGCUUCCUGGUCUUAUUAAAAUGGCUUGUGUGGACACUACAGUCAAUGAGAUUACUUUAGCAGUAGUGGCCACCCUUCUGCUAAUGGGUCCCCUCUUUAUGAUUCUUAUUUCCUACAGUUACAUUGCCCGAGCUGUAUUUAGAAUUCCUUCUGCUGAUGGGAGACUUAAAGCCUUCAAUACUUGCUCUUCACACUUAUUGGUGGUCUCUUUAUUUUAUGGUCCUGGAAUCUAUAUCUACAUGCAGCCUUCAGGGAAUGGUCCUCAAGAUCUGUCCAAGUUUCUGACCCUGUUUUACUGUGUUAUUACUCCUAUGGCCAAUCCAUUCAUCUACACCCUGAGAAACAAGGAAGUUAAAGGGGCUUUGAGGAGGCUUUUGAGAAGAGUAAUUUCUUCUAAGAGAACAUAA